AUGAGACAAGGAGCUUACUCUGUUGAGCGGUCCAAAGAGCUCGGUAGGUUCUUCAUCACCCCCACAAACGAAGACUCUGGACCAACGACUGCCUUGAAGGAUCACAAGCCGGAGUUUGCGAAGGAGGAACAGGAGAUUCUCGAGCAGCUGUACAAGGGUUGGCUGGGUUAUUGGAACAAAGAGUCCAUGCACGACCCGGGUGCCAACCAGUCGCGCCGGUUCUAUGACUUCGAGGAGAUGCUGAGCUUCGACAUGUUUGGGACAUCGGGGCGUGGAAAGUUCAACGAGCACUUUGAGGGCGUCUUCCCAUACUAUGUGGACGGGCAGAUGGAGUACAAGGACUUGGAGAUUGUCGUGCUCUCGCCGACCCACGCAUUUUCCACCUGCUCUCAGCACACAUGGGGCAAGGCGGGAGGCGACCCAUUCAGCAUCACCUUCCGCAGAACCGGCAUUGCCAGGAAGAAAGACGGAGAGUGGAAGUGGAUUCAUGAGCAUCUUUCAUUCCCAGUCAACAUGGCCACAAGGCUGGCGGACUUCGAUGCAGAGACGGCGGCGUUGGACUCGUUCAAGGUCCAGUGA